UGUAACGCGUAGGCAUACUGACCAAUCACAAUGCGCUGUCUUAAUCACAUGUUGCCGGUUCACUGACGCAAAACCUCAGCGACUCCUACUGAUCGUUCCUCCAUGUGAAUGUCGUUUCAGCUGUUAUAAAAGCUCAUUUGACAAGGUGCUUGGGUGCGAUGUGGGUGCAAAUGCUUUGACUGGUUGUUGAAUACAGGAAGUGCCCCUUUCAAAAUGACCACCAGGCUGCUGUGCAGAUGGGCACGAUUAUAUCCUCGCUGCCCUCAGACUGCCACGGCCUCAGCCAAACUACAGACCUCCACAGUCCACCAGACAGAGCCAGUGUGCCUGAUGUCCCUGUCUUGGACCCGACCUUCUGCUAGGCACCUCUGUCAGGGCAAUGAACUGGCUAAGAUGGAGGAGACAGUGUUUCCGUAUGACCAAACGCAACUAGUCCGACUUGUUGAAAAGGCGUCCACCCCAGAGGAAGUGCUUAAGUUGUGGGAAGAGCAAGGCGGAUCUGCCAGCGAUGCUGCCAGGUGUCUGGUCCAGCUGAACCUGCGGGUCAUGGAGAAGGGUGGUGAAGGAAUCCUGCAGGAUCCACGCUGCGAGAGCAUGCUGGAGACUGUACAAUCUCAGGUGUCCUCGGUGUGGAAUGGAUCUCUGGUGGGUCUUCUGAGUGCUCUCACUAUGUUGGGUCUCCCUUCUGAUGCCCCUCUACUCCGCUCCAUCCAGAAUGAAGUGCUCUGGAGGAUCCGGCGCCUCACAUACCGUCACCUGGCCUACCUGGUGGACUGGGUAGCCUUUCAGCGAAGACGAGGGUAUGAAAAUGAAGCGCUUACCACAGCCCUGCUGAAACAACUGGAACUGCGCUGGACAGAGCUGUGUGACAGUCGUACCGUCAGCAUUCUCAUGGGCCGCGCUUCGCUUUUCAACCCUUCUCUCAUGGACAAACUGGAGGACAAAGCUCUGGAGAUGGCAGAGAGCUUCAGCGCAGAGGAUAUCCGGAGAGUGGCAUUUGCACUGGCCUCUCAAAACAGACGGGCCGUUCCUUUGUUACGUGCUCUCUCAUACCACCUGAACCAGAAACCCUCUUCUGAACUGAAAACACCAUUGCUGCUUGACAUUGCAUACACUUAUGGUAAGCUGAAUUUUCAUCAGACACAAGUGCUCCAGAGAAUUGCGGCAGAGCUAUUGCCUAGGUUAUCAGAACUGAGUUCCCUCGACGUAACCCGCUGUGCCAAGUCUCUAGCCUUUCUCAAGUGGCUGCACUUGCCUCUAUUUGAAGGUUUUGCUCAGCACUAUGUGAAUAAUAGUAAAAACUACAGCACUCUGCAGGUGUGUAAUCUCCUCAUAUCUUUCGCCAAACUCAACUUCCAACUUGGUAAAGGAGAGGAGUUUUACCAAAAGGUACACAGAGCUUUGCAAGGUUCCUUUCAGAAUUUAGAGCCUUUCCUGAAAACAGACGUGGUUUGGUCACUGUGUGUGCUGAACCAGGCCAGUCCUGAUUAUAUCUCCUCUGUUACGAAGUAUGACUUUCAGAAGAAACUUACAGGUGGCAUUGUGGAUCGGACCGAGAGCUAUCGGCUGAAAUUGCUGCAUAUCUCUUCCUUUGCUCAGUUGGAGCCUCUAGGUAUCACUAUUGAAUCUCCAGCUGUGCUGCUGCUAGCUCCCCAGGGCAAAGUAGAGGUCAGCACCCCUCUGCAAAGCAGCCUACACUCAGCCCUUCAGAGCCUGACCAACAGCCGGACACAGGCCCUCCGCACUGCUGUCAAAACCAUAUACGGCUGGACAAUAGAUGGAGAACUUGUGGUAGAUUCAGAAAAUAAACCUAUUGAUUUGGAGAACCUGAAAGCCCCUCAUUUACCUGGAGGUGGUGGACGUGAUGCCUUACCUGCAGGGGCUCGACAAAUAGCAUUUGUGGCUUGGGAGUUUCCUAACUUUUGCCUCAGGAGCAAGGAUCUUCUGGGCCGCUUUGCCAUGCAGAAACGCCACCUACAGCUGGCUGGGUUUAUAGUGGUGGAGGUGCCUUACUUUGAAUGGCUGGAGCUGAAGUCUGACUGGCAGAAAGUGGCUUACUUAAAAGACAAAUUAGGGAAGGCAGUGGCUGAGGACAUGGCUAAAUGAGCCAUCAAGCCUGUCAAUAACUUUAAGUGCUUUUGACACGGGCUGCUCAUAGACAUUAACAGCCUCAGACAAUAACAUGACUUACAGGUGAGGAAAUUACAGAGAUAUUGAGUACUGCAUAUACAUGCACGCAACAAAAAGAUAGUUGCAGCAUCCUCAAUUCCCAUGAUCCACCCGAACAUCAGAGUGGAAAUCAAAUGCAUCUGGGAGCUGUGAUCAAUCUCUGCAGGAACAGAAAGCAGAGCCUCCAGAAAUCAGCAGAUGCUUGGAAGCGACAGAGUAGUGUGUGUAUCCGCUGCCUUCCCAAAAAAGAAACUCUGAGCCAAAGAGCUAUGCGAAUGUUGAGAAAUUAAAGCAUGAGUGAUCUGAAGGGCACAAGCAGUGUUCACCACAUGGGAAAACAACUAAAUUGUCAGACCUUUGUGUUAAUCGUCCAUGUCCUCACAAACAACUGGAUGUUCACACGCUCUACUUCCACUUAUAAUAAAUACAUGCACCUUCUGUUUUUGAUGCAGUUGCCUAGACAACACAUGGGGCUUUCCUUGUUGCCAA